GGGGCCCGUUACCGGCCCCGCUGCCGCCGCUGCUGCCGCCGGUCCCGCGAUGGCGAAGCGCCUGAGGAGCAGCGAGGUCUGCGCCGACUGCAGCGCUCAGGAUCCUUGCUGGGCAUCCAUAAACAGGGGGAUCCUGAUCUGUGAUGAAUGCUGCAGUGUUCACAGGAGCCUGGGCCGUCACAUCUCCCAAGUGAGGCAUCUCAAACACACCCCAUGGCCUCCAACACUGCUGCAGAUGGUGGAAACUCUGUACAACAAUGGUGCUAAUUCCAUCUGGGAGCACUCCCUGCUGGACCCUGCCUCUGUGAUGAGCGGGCGGCGCAAGGCCAGCCCACAGGAUAAAGUGCAUCCCAACAAAGCAGAGUUCAUCCGAGCUAAAUAUCAAAUGUUAGCAUUUGUGCAUCGCCUGCCGUGCCGGGAGGACGACAGCGUCACUGCCAAGGAUCUCAGCAAGCAACUCCAUUCCAGUGUGAGGACAGGGAAUCUGGAGACCUGUUUGCGACUGCUCUCCUUAGGAGCUCAAGCCAACUUCUUUCAUCCAGAGAAAGGAAACACCCCGCUCCAUGUUGCUGCUAAGGCAGGACAGACUUUGCAAGCAGAGCUGUUGGCAGUUUAUGGUGCUGAUCCUGGCACACAAGAUUCAAAUGGGAAAACUCCAGUUGAUUAUGCAAGGCAAGGGGGGCACCACGAGCUGGCAGAGCGGCUGGUGGAGAUCCAGUACGAGCUCACAGACAGGUUGGCUUUCUACCUCUGUGGCAGGAAACCAGAGCACAAAAAUGGGCAGCACUUUGUUAUACCUCAGAUGGCAGACAGCAGUCUGGAUGUAUCAGAACUGGCAAAAGCAGCCAAGAAGAAGCUUCAGUCUCUAAGCAACCACUUAUUUGAAGAACUUGCCAUGGAUGUGUAUGAUGAAGUUGACAGAAGGGAAACAGAUGCAGUUUGGCUUGCUACUCAGAAUCACAGCACACUCGUGACAGAGACCACUGUGGUCCCUUUUCUUCCAGUAAAUCCUGAAUAUUCCUCAACCAGGAAUCAGGGAAGGCAGAAACUGGCUCGAUUUAAUGCCCACGAGUUUGCUACACUGGUUAUAGACAUUUUAAGUGAUGCCAAACGAAGACAGCAGGGGAAUUCUCUCACUGGUUCCAAAGAAAAUGUGGAGCUGAUUCUCAAAUCAAUCAGCAAUCAGCACAGCAGUGAAAGUCAGGACAAUGACCAGCCUGAUUAUGACAGUGUUGCUUCAGAUGAAGAUACAGAUCUGGAAACAAAUGCAGCUAAAUCAAACAGGCAGAAGAGCCUGGAUUCAGACUUGUCAGAUGGACCAGUGACAGCCCAGGAAUAUCUGCAGGUUAAAAAUGCCUUGGUGGCUUCUGAGGUGAAGAUUCAGCAGUUAAUGAAAGUGAACAUCAACCUGAGUGAUGAGCUGAGGAUCAUGCAGAAAAAGCUCCAAACGCUACAGAGUGAAAAUACCAACCUCAGAAGACAGGCCACAACCAAUAUCUAUCAGGUGCAAAGUGGUUCUGAAUACCCAGACCCCAGCAGCAAUUCCUCCCUAAAGCGGCGCCCAUCAGCCCGGGGCAGCAGACCCAUGUCCAUGUACGAGACUGGCUCGGGGCAGAAACCCUACCUGCCCAUGGGGGAGGUCACCUACCCAGAAGAAAACAUCACCAGGUUGCAGCCCUUCCCUCCACACAUCGGGAGGAGCGCGUUUGUGACCUCCUCUUCAUCUCUACCCUCCUUCCCCUCCACGCUUUCCUGGUCGAGGGAUGAGAGCACACGAAGGGCCUCGAAGCUGGAGAAGCAGAGCAGCGUGUCCGAGAGCGACUAUGACAACCCCACCACCCCCGUGGAGCUGGAGGAGCCAGGGUCGGGCAGGAAGGGUCGGCAGCGCAGCAUCAUUUGGCAGGGGGAGGGCUCCAUCCCUGAGGACACAGACUCAGCCCCCAGCUCCAGUUUGCCCAGUACAGAAGAUGUGAUUCGGAAAACUGAGCAGAUCACCAAGAACAUCCAGGAGCUGCUGCGAGCAGCGCAGGAGAACAAACAUGACAGCUAUAUACCGUGCUCCGAGAGAAUACAUGUGGCAGUGACAGAAAUGGCAGCCUUGUUCCCAAAAAAGCCCAAGUCGGAGCUGGUGAGGACUUCCCUGCGCCUGCUGACAUCCAGUGCCUACAGAUUGCAGUCGGAGUGCAGGAAAGCUCUGCCCGCCGAGCCCAGCCCCGCUCCCGACAUCCAGCUGGUGACACAGCAGGUCAUCCAGUGUGCCUACGACAUCGCCAAGGCUGCCAAGCAGCUGGUCACCAUCACAACCAAAGAGAAUAACAACUGAGGCACUCGGGGCUUUUUACUCUGGGGUUUUUUGUUUGCUGGUUUUUUUUUUGUUGUUGUUUUGUUUUAAAGGUUGGAUUUCAACAUAGAGGUGUGGAACUAUGCGCAUUUUUAUGAGGAAAAAGAAAAGGGGCAAGAUUAUUUUUUUUUCAACUCAGUAUUAUUUUUGCAUGUUUUCUAACAAUUUUAUUAUUAAUUUAACCCACUGCCUUAUUUUGUGCCUGUGUUGCCAGUGUAGUUAUGGAUAAUAGCAUGUUGCAAGUAGCUGUCGAGCCACUCUCAUGUCCCAGCGCUGUACCGUAGAUGUUUCCUUGGGGCCACGUUCUGCUUUCAGAUCCUGCUGGUGGAACUGCUCUGACACCACUGCAUGGAUGGGAGGGCACCAUCUCUAUCCCUCCCCUGCUGAGAUCCCGCUGGCUGAGGCUCCCCAGGCUCUGGGACUGCUCCCAGCAGGAAGAAGGUUUGUCCUGGUUAACGGGGUACAAGCCCAGUGUUCUCUGUUCCCAUAUCAACUGUUGUGCAAUAUGUUUUUUAGUCUGUUAAACCAGUAGUAGUUGUGGGCAUCCAAGCUUGUUACGUGUAACUCUACAAGGUCUUUGUCACUUUAUGUUUUGGAAGGAAUUUGAAACUUAAUAGUUACUUCUUUUAGUUGUCACUAUGCCAUUAAUAUAUUCGUUUGAUGUUACUUUAGGGCAUUAGUGGUUAAAAUAUUAGCCUUUGUUUCUGAGUUAGUAAUUCAUUGUUAAGUUUCCUGCAGAAUUUUCCUGUCAUCUUUGAGGCACCGUCUUUUUUGCAGCAUUUCUCAGUAACUCCAGAUGCAAUUUCACUAAAGAUUUCUGUGUUCAUUAACAGAAAAAGGAAGUUAGAAGAGUGCCAGUGCAAAAGCAGCUGUGUCUGCCACAGCACAUAACCUCUGUACCUCAACAUAUCCAAAUGUGAAACCAUUUCUCAUAUCUCCUAAGUUUUUUAUGCAAAUCUUUCAAAAUUUGAUAACUUGCUGAGUAACCCCUGCCAGGCUGCGUGGCCCCAGUGGCCAUGUGUGCUCCAGCUUUCUUCAUCCAUAACAGUUCACAAAAGUGUGUCAAUCCAUAAUUUCAAAAAUGAGAAUAUUUUUAGGAGUCUGAAUUUCAGGUGUAGCAGGAAAUCACUGUUUUUUUGCCUCUGCCUGUGUCCCAUUUGGAGGUGCAUUAUCACUGCCCAAGAGCCAGCCAUGGUGUGUUUUUGUGGAUAUAUCCAAGCACAAGUGCCACAGCACUCUGCUGGACUCCUGGUGCUGUCUGGUUCCCAGAGUCUGAGAGAGGGAAGGAAUGGAGAGAGGAGAUGAUAGCCCAGUAAACUGAUGUCCUGCAUUGUGGGGUUUUAUUUCCUUUCUGCUCUUCUGAACUCCAGCAGCAGCUCUAGCCUGACAGUGCAGGCAGGCUGGGAUUAAAACUGCAAAUGACCUUUGUGAAACCUACUUCAAAAUCAUGCAAUUAUCAAGUAAUUAAAUACAUUGAGAAUCUUCUAGAAACUUUUCCUUAAAUUGGCAUGGCUGAAAAGCAGAUGGCAUUUUUCAGUCUCUCAGUACACCACUGUGUGCUGUUCUUUAACAUAUCUUACCUGCUUUCCAAAGCAGGGUGACACUGAGCUAUGGUGUAAUUUAUCAUUUAUUUAAACCUGCCUUUGAUCCAAAACCAAGGGACACUUUAGUAACUGCCAGUCCCUGCUCCAGCUAUGCUGAAAUCAGAGUGGUUCACGUCCCACAGGAACCCCCAGCAGCAAGUUCAUGAAUCCUCCACUCACAGCACUGUAAUCACAGAGCUUGUAGCACCUCAACUAACAAAGGUGUGUUUUUAUUUUAGGACUAGAUCACCUCUUGUUCCCCUGUAAACAAACUUGCUCUUCCUUUACAAAAUGCUGCAGAGGAAAGGAAAAGCUUUUUUUGACUUUUUCCAAACCUUGUAUUUAUCAGUGUCAUUCUGUCUGUACAAUAUUUUGACUUUUAAUCUUUUGUUUACAGUAUUACUAUAAAAUGCUAAAACCCUU